UAAUAUUAUUAAAAUAUAUUUGUCAAAGCUUAAUUUAAUUAAAUAUGUCUAAAAUGAGUGGUGAUGAACUGGCUGUCCUACGGAGAACCUGGGACAUUUAUAUUAGCGAUAUGGAUACUAAUGGGAGCGACGCACUUAUAAGGCUACUCGAUGAAAAUCCCACAUACAGGGCGUGGUUUCCGAAAAUAGUGGGUAAACUCCGGGAUAAUCCGGAAGUUAAACGUAGUUCCGAAGUGGACUUCCUAUUCAUAUCGGGACUCAUAAACAACUAUAUCGAGAAUGAAAAGAGUGAAGCCAGAAAGCACCUUGCUAAAUGGUCAGGGUGCCACCAUACAAGUAAGGUCACAAGUGAAAUGUUGGGCAAAUUUCGAGAUAUUAUCCUGGAUGAAUUGAAAAUAAAACUGGGUCCCGAAAUAAUGAAUGAGCCAACAAGUAACACCUGGGCUAAGUUCUUUCAGAAUAUUAUGGCGUCUAUUUAUCAUUAAAUUUUAUUUAAGUUUAGCUUGGAC